AUGCCUAUAACUGUCGGUUCAAUCGGAGACAUCAUUGCCAUCGCACAGGUGGUCGGGAAGCUCUACAAGGCGCUUCGCGCAAGCCAAGGCUCAGCUGUCGAGUUCCAAGAUCUGGUACUCGAACUUUCAGUCUUUUACGGGACAUUGGAGAGACUGGUGGUUCUCUGGCCGACUCGUCCCACUCUCCCGGACCAACUCGCUUUAGUUGCACCGAUUGUGGAAGAAUGCAAAACUGAGAUCGACGGUUUUCUUGGAAGAAUUUUGGGCAGAUAUGGUAGACAGCUUGGGGCGGAGGUCGCAAAAGCAAAAUGGUAUAAGGAGAUUGGUAGGAAACUACAAUGGAGUAUGCUGGAGGCUGGCGAGGUGGGACGAUUGAGAGAGAAGUUAGGACGAGCGAAUAUGAUGAUACAGCUUGUUUACUCUCAAGCUCAGGGGGCCGCCGCUGAGCUAGACAGCAAGGUAGUUUCGGAGAAACUGCAAAUUCUGUCAGAGCUUGAGACAGAGGCGAAAGAGAACCUAAAGAACUACAUUAUUGAGGUUCAAAAGAAGAUUGAAGAGCAGAAUAGAGUUCUAGAAAAUCAGAACAUGAUGAUAGAGGAGAUGACGACUCGUGUGCAAGGCAUUAUGACUACAAUGACGCCCAUGGCUAAGAUAACUUUCGAUAUGAAGGAUAUUCUUAUCGACGUUCAAGAAACAUUACACUCCCAGCAAAGUAUCCCUAGGAGCAUUGAUCCUUGGUUGCAAAAAGCUUUGUAUCUCGAAGACUCAUUGGGAUAUGUUUUACCUGUUCCACUGGAAACCAUUUGCUCAUGGGAGACACUUCACAUGGUCCUUUGCGAUAAAUUUAAUGGUCGUCCCGGACAUGAAUUGGUCAAACGAAAACGAUAUCUGUUUCAAGAUGCAGCGAACGGUCGAGAUUUAAGCGUCAAGAUACAAUUUACAUCUGCUGUUCGGCCAGGUCAAAAAAUCUCCAUGUGUAUGAUUCUAUUCUCUCCGGAUGGACAAAACAAUAUUUGCCCGAGAUGCGGGACAGCAAACGUUGCAGGGAGCGAUCAAGAUAUUAACUGCACCAACCCAAGUUGUCUAAUGACUUAUCGCCGGGUCACGGACGUCACAGAGCCUUUGGCGAAUGAUGAUGGGAAGGGCAUUUUGAGCUCAGUUCAUCCUCCUGAAUCAAUCCUCGAAGAAAUAGAUAGUAAUAUUGCAUUAUCUGAUCUGGAGCAACUAUCGUAUGACAAAAACUAUGACUGUUCAAUCGACCUCUUUAAGCGAGCGCGACUUUUUACGAGAUGGCAAGAUGCAGAAGAGUCUCGAUCAGGAGCAUUGAUUACGAAGCUUGGAAGCAUGUCCAUUUGGUAUGCUUAUGGAGCCGCUUACAAUGUAGAAGUGCAAAUAUCUGGUCUCCUCCAACGCUCCGUUAUGGCUCCUUUGGGCAUAAGGGAUAUGGACGCCGACAUGAGCCACGACGAAAUAUUGCAAUGGCCUCAUAAAAGCACUAGCAUCGGUUCCUUCACUUGCAUUUUAUUGUGCUUUGCAGGAACAUCUAGGGAAAAUGCAAGACCAGUGGUCCACAUUUACAGCAAGGACAAAAUUUUGAGGCGCCGGAUUGUUGCAGCCCUUAAAAAGCUCGACUGGCUUGCACUGGGGAAAUCUGGAGUUGUGGUUAGUACAUGGUAUAACACGGAGUUCAGAGAAUUUAUUAUUGAGAGUUACGUGGACGAUGGCUGGGAUAGAGAUUUCGCAGAACUGGUUUGGUAA